CCCAGCACUAACCAUCUCCUGCUACUAAAUUAUUUGAAUAAAUGACAAUACUUGUUAACUAAAGGCUUAUUUUAUGCCAACCAUUUCGAUAAUUCCUACAAAUUUCAAAUUCCCCGCCUUUGAAUCCUACAAUACUCAUGAAAGCUGAUUUGUAACCACACCUUACGUCACAUUCUCAAAGAGCAUCUACAGGAAUCAGGAUCUAUUUUUCCGAAGUGAGUGUCGAAUAUAGUAUAUCUUCUUAACCUGGAACUAUUGUGGAAAAAAAAAAAAAAAUAAAAAAAAAAACUCGAAAAAGCUAUUUUUGUAAUCUUACCUUACUUGCCUUGGCGUAUUAAACGCUUCGUAUGUGUGUAUUUCCAGAGUUUCAGUUCUCUUUAGUGUAGAAUAAAUUUUGUUUUUACUCUAUUUUCCAACGAUGCGUAUUUCUGCCGCUCGUGCGGCAUAAUCUAGUUGAUAAGAAAAUUCUAUUUCGAGACUAAACCAAUUCUUAAAAUUGGAGAAGACAAAAUUGUCGAUCAGAAUGGAUGCUCCAUUAUCAGCUUAUUGGGUUAGAUUUUUCAAAAAUGCUGGCUUCCCAUCGGAUGUGGCAACAAAACAUGCAGUUAUUUUUUCUAAUAAUCGUAUAAAACCUGACAUGUUACCAGAUUUGGAUAAACCUAGUCUCAAAGAAAUGGGUAUCACGCUAAUGGGUGAUAUGAUUGCUAUUUUAAGAUAUGCUAAAAAAGUAGUCGAAGAGACAACCUGUAAAAAGUUUUUAGUUAGUUCAGAGGAUACGCCUACUCCAAGUAAAACGAUAAUCAAACCGGCAGUUAAGAAAGUAAUAGCAAAAACAGUGCUAAAACAUCCAAUUGCUUCGAAAGUUAAACUGGAGCCUCCAAAGAAAAUAAUUAAAAAUUCUACGAGUACAAUUGUCAAGCCAAUUGUGGCAGUCAAAAAGAAGCCACCUCCAAUCACGCAAACAUCUCGUUUAUAUUCAGAUUACAUUGAUACAAAUCAAGCGCCAAAGUCUAAUUCGUUAAAGAGAAAAUAUGAUAGCGACGACGAGGAUGAUAAUGAUGAUGAUGAGGACGAGGACGACGACGACGACGACGAUGACGACGACGACGACGACGACGACGACGACGACGUUGAUAUUAAAUGGAUUCAGAACGAAUCGGAUAAACGACUGAAAACUAACGACGAUGACGUUAAAUAUAAAGUGAUAAUGCCAAAAGGAACCACUGUCAGAAGUCAGAAAAUUCUGAAGAAAGCUUUAGAACAAAAAAGAACUGUUUUUCAUAGAUUAGGAGACAGUAUGGUUACGAGUACAACAGGCGUAGCUGAAUCUUCCAAUUCGAAUUUUAAUCCUACAUUUAAUAUUACUGGUAUUGGGAAGGAUUUACUCAAACGAAAUUCCAGUGUAUUUAAUCGACUGGGAAAUAAGGAUUCUGAUAAAAAUGAAAUUACAUAUUCUAGACAAUUAAGAAAUGGAACUACUACAACUGGAACCUCGGGUAUUCUCAAGACUAGGAGCUCGAUGCUUAGUACAAAAGGUGUCACCACAAAGCCCAUUUUAAAAACAUCUGUAGGAACAAUGCGCGCCGAUGAAGAAGCUAAUAAAAAAGCUGUUUCUGAAAGUGUCAGACAAUUAGUACGAACGACCAAGAGCCUAAAGUUCAAUGACAGUCCAGUUAGAAGUAACAGUUUUGCUAGGAAAAUACCAAUUACCGGUACUUUAGCAUCGGAAAGAAUGGCUGUGCCAGCUAAAUCACGCCUUGGUAUAUCAAAACAAGUGACAUUUAAUAAAAUGGCAACAGUAAAUCACAUUAAAAAACAUGGAGUUUUUAGUAGAUUAGGUGUUUGAUGUAAUUAAUACAUUUGAA